AUGAGCAUCCUCGUCAAAUGGGGUCGGGAGAGACUACACUUCUCCCUUCCUGCGCCCAGCACGACGCUCGCUCAGCUGCGCCACGACAUUGCGGAGUACACGCAGCUGCCCGAGCACUCUUUUAAGCUCAUCCAUGCUGGCGCCGUCAUGAAGGACGACAACGCACCGAUUUCUGCCUAUGGCAUCAAGGCCGGCAGCACGAUCGCUCUCAUUGGCGGCGGCGAGCCCCUCCCCCCCGCCCCGUCCGCGCGCCAGGAAAAGGCGCCCCGUACCGAGGCGUCCACCAUCUCCCAGAUCCGAUCUGAGCUCGAUAAAGUCCGGGCCACCCUUCGCCCGGACGUCGACGCGUUCCUCACCGUCAUCGCCCCCUCCUCCUUCGCUGCACAAGUCCGCCCGUCUCGCACCGUCACCGCACCGCCACCCAAGCCUGCCUCUGCCGCAGCUUCGGCCCCACAGGCCCCCGCCUCCGACCUUGCGCACGAACACGUGCGUCUCGGUGAGUUGCUGCUCCAGAGCCUCCUCCGUCUCGACGCCAUCACCGCAGAAGGAGAGUGGGAGGAGGCCCGGCGCGAGCGCAAGGGCGCCGUCAAGGAGGUACAGGGCUUGCUAGAUACACUAGAUGGCGCAUGGCGCGCCCGCACGAGAACCUAG